UUCGUCAAAUUGUCACGUGACUUCAGGUACGAAAACGCAGGUGAUAACCUAGGUGUUGCUAAUUUCCGUGUGGUUUCGUCUUGAUAUCUUUAGAUCACAUGGUGUCACAAUAGAUGCGAGCGUCCAAAAUGGAUAGAAUACUGAUUCUUGUGGUGCUGGCAGCUCUGAUGACGACAGUUGCUGCCCAGGAUCCUGAAAUUGUGGACGAGAUCUGGCCGGAAGUGAAGCCCGUGGGACGUACAGCUCGGCUCAACUGCACAGUGGCCAAUAAAUUAAACCAUGUGGUGACCUGGGAGCACAUGGACACCAACCAGAUCAUCAGUUUAGACGAGAGCAUCGACUUGUCCUACAACCCCAUCGAGGGGGGCAAGCGGAAGUACGAGGUCGAGAAGCGAGGCCCCGAAAACCGCGUCACGUACAUGUUGAUAAUCAGGCGGCUGCGGCAGCAGGAUGCGGGCAAAUACAGAUGCUACGUGAAGAUUCAGGCUCUCGACUUCACCAAGUGGCCAAGCAAGAUCGGCUCCCUCACUGUACAGGUUGCACCCUCAAUCCGGCCAGGUGAGACGACGACAGUUCUAGUUGUGGACCAGUUAUCCAACUCUAACCUGACGUGUGCCGCCACUGGUAUCCCGGCUCCAAACAUCACCUGGACACGGUCCGACGGAGGCAAGCUGCCAACAGGUGGCGCUCAGUUCAGGGGGGCAGUGCUGCCACUAUUGAACACCACAGUAAAGAUGGGAGGCGUGUACCGCUGCGUCGCCGACAACAACAUCAAGCCUCCAGCGCAGCAUCUGGCGGAGGUGUUGGUGUUCAACGCCCCAACAGUGCGGGUGGUGCAGGACUCUGUCGGCCAGGCCCAGAACAGGAGGUUCUACGCCAAGCUGGAGUGUAUCACUCAAGGCUACCCUGUGCCAACAGUAAGAUGGGAGCGGAUUGUCAGCGGUGGUCGAUCACCGAUCAACGACGACGACAAGUUUGACUUCAACAAACAGACGACCGACAACCAGAACCUCAAGGCGGGGGAGCAGUGGUACACGCUGAAGGUGAAGAACGUACAGGCCAACGACUACACCGACUACUUCUGCAUCGCCACCAACACCAAGGGGGCCAAUCAAGCCACCAUCACCAUGUUCGAAACUACUGAGUGUCAAGGUCCCAACUGUCCAUCUCUUCCGAGCUCCAAGGCCACCGAGGUCAAGGUCUCCCUUCUUGCCAUGGCAGUCACUGCCCUCAUCCAAUAUGUCGUCAUUGCAUCGGACCGCAGAUAAUGAGCAGAAAGUUCUGUCACUGACAGAAUUUUCUUUUACGUGUUUUAACAUCAAUUUGACAACAUUCCAGUUUUGACUACUUUCAGUUAUAUGGUUUACGGAAAUACAAUUGAAAGACACCAAACUAUCCAAUAUAAACAAGUCCUAUCAUAGGUGAGAGUUCAUCAACGCCCCAAUCACAAAGUGAUAUUUGUCCAAAGAGACAUAUAAAAGUCGAAUCGUUACGACCUAAUUAUGAAAUUGUCCUUGAUAUCUGCCAAUCAUUAUCCUCAUUCACAUGACCUCAUUUGUAAAAACUGUCAUGUCACUCAUUCAUAUCAAGUGUUACCAUGGUGACGAUUACGUUUCCAUUAUCUUUGCUUGCAAUGGACGAGGACGACCAGGGCCAUUAUUGGCACACGAAAUUUGACAACUUUCAAAGAUGAAAUAAUUUUUGAAUGUAUGUGAAACAAAAAUGCUAGUUGUCCAUCAUAUGAACUGGUUCAGUGGUUUUACAAUCUCGUUAGAAUCCGAUCUUAGUUCUCGCUACCGCUAAACAAAGAUCUGAAGACAUCCCAUUACCGGUCACGUCAAAACGACCUUUCAUCCGACCAUUCAGAGCAUCGCUAACCAGAUCGGGAAUGUGACAGCUGGAAUGUGUUUUUUGAUAAUGCAACCUUGAUAAGGCUAACACAGAGUAAAUUCGGAACUACAACAUGUACAAUUACGGGCUGAACAAAAUUUCCAGUCGGCCAAAAUGUCCUUUCAGACCUCGUUCAUCCUUAUCAUCCUCUCCAGUAUCAUGAUGGUGAAAUAACAUAAUCAUAGUAAUAUACCAUACAAUCUUUCACAUUAAGCAUAUUUAGUUGCCCAUCGGGAAAUCACUUUGUAAACGGCAAAUACCGUAUUCAACGUAAUAAGCGCCCACGGCAAUAUUUGCUGAUAUAUUGGCCAGUGAACAAUCCCAAUUAUCACCCUUCCGAUUGAUCCAUGUACACAAGAGUUAUUUAUUCGUGUAUAAUACGCACUCGUGUGUUAUAUGCACCCUUAAUUACGGGCAAUUAAACUCUUGAAAAAUAUAUCUGUUGUUUUUUAAUACGCAUGGCCUUUUCUUUUGUAUCAUUUCUGGCUGUCAGCAUAAACCACUAAAUUUACGAUCCAUCAACCCUUUCACCAAAAUUAUAUUCUAAUAAGAGCCCCCUAUUUCUAAUUUUGAGAGCGCCCUCGGCGCUUAUUGCGUCGAAUGCGGUAUGCCUUAUUUCAUCCUGGGCCCACCAUCACAAAAUGAUCUAAGCGCUUCGACUAUCGUAAGAUGAUGGAGUGCAGAUUGUCCUACCGUUAACAUAGCUUUGUGCAAGUGGACCCAGAUUCAUAUUAGCCAUUUAGAAACAAUUUUGCAUUGAACUAAAAUAUAGCCCGUUUUCCGUUUUAUCAUUGGCUACUUAAUCUGUUUUGAUUGGCUACGGUUGCUACAUAAAAGAAAUGUUUCAAUAUACCCACAGGUCAAAUUACAGAAAUGUACAGGCAGCUUCAGAUUAAAGUACAGUAAACUACGGUUAUAACGAACUCAAAGGGACCACUGAUUUCUAUUCGUUAUAGCCGUAGUUCGUUAUAAGCAAAUGUAGGGAAUAUAUGCAGCAAGUAGAUAGGACCUAAAAAAUAGUUCGUUAUAUCUGUCAGUUCGUUAUAAACGUGUUCGUUACAACCGUAGUUACUGUAUUGCUUCUGAAAUGUUUUUAAUUUGUGUCUACCCCGGCUGUAAGAUAGCAAAUAGUUCACGAUGCAAUAAUUUUAUCGUGUUAAAUUUUAUUCUUUUUACAUUCAUAAUGUCAUGAAACAAUUUUUGUGUAACAAAAAAUAAUGUUGUUGACGAGAAUGUUUUUAAAUCUUUUCCAGUCAUAAGCUUGGCUACAUAAGAGCAAAUUUAAAAAAAAAGACGUCUUUUGAUAUGGGUAACAAUAAGUUAGUUCUAUUUAAUGCCUAGUUUUAGAUUAUUGAAUACAAUGUUAAAAGACUCUGAAUUCAAGAAAAUGGGAAACAAAAGAAGAACGUUUCCUCAGUUCAUCAUGCUGAAACAGAUAUAUUCUACUCAAGAAUUACAGAACACCAAUUCUGUCACAUUGGUGUAGUUAAUCUGUCAUGGCAUGACGGAAUGACUGUAGUAAUGUGACAGAAUCGGAUGUUCUUUCACUUCUUUGUGUAGUAUAAUUUCACCUGGUCUUGUAGUGUCAUGUUACAUGUGUAUUUACAUUCAUUGGCCAUUGGAGGGCACGGGUGGCCCAGUCGUCUAAGGCGCCGCGAUUCCCUGUGCAGAGUUGCGUCCCUUGGGCACGCCAGAAACCUAUGAUUGUGGGUUUGAAUUUAGAUUCGCCCCGAUUAUGUUUCAAGGUUUGUCAGCACCAUACCCGUGCUGGUGGGUUUCACCGAAGUGGUAAACGUCUGAGACCUGCAUCACUUGGGGCUUUCCUCCCACAUUAAGCUGACACGCCACGAUAUAACUGGAAUACUGUUAAAAGUGGCAUUAAACCCAACUCAAGCAGUGAGUUAACUUGGCCAGUGAGUUAACUGGUGAGGCAUACCCAGGGCUUCUGAUGGUGUUUUUAAUUAAUGUAAAUAUGAACAAGACAUUUGAUAAUCAUUUCUAACAAACUUAUUUGUGUCUCUCAGGGGGCGGUCGGGUAGCCUAGUGGUUAAAGCGUUCGCUCGUCACGCUGAAGACCUGGGUUCGAUUCCCGACAUGGGUACAAUGUGUGAAGCCCAUUUCUGGUGUCCCCCACCGUGAUAUUGCUGGAAUAUUGCUAAAAGCGGCGUUAAACCCAACUCACUCACUCACGCACUGUGUCUCUCAGUUGCGGUAAUUGCCUUGACGAUGAAGAAUUUGUUUGGGGGAAAUAUUGGUUGAUUGAAAUCAUUAUGGUAAAUAAAGUUUCACCUCCCCAAUUAUACUAUUCAAAAGAAGUUAAGGACCACCCUAUUCUUUCAUAUUACCAAAGUUAGUCUGUCAUUCCGUUACAGUAUAAUAAAUAAUCAAUUUGUCCUUAACUUGUUUUGAGAAGCAGAUUGAAAUUCACAAGUUGCCUUUUCUUCCUAUGUACAGAAAUUCUGAACUAAAUUCAGAAAAUUCCAUGCAGGGUUGUACAGCUGUGAACUUAACAGAAUCUUUCGUAUUUCUGUUAUGAUUUUUGCAAAUAAAAUGUGAAAAUAGGUUUUCUUCAUUAGUUCAUAUCAAUCUAUGAGAGAAAACAUCACAAGGACUAAAUUUUUGUAGACUCUGGUAAAGGGAAUCUUUUAGCUGUACACAAUCUGGUACGAACCCAAGCACCUCUUGUGUAGCGAUGGGUAAGAAGUCUAUUUAUAGUAUCUGUCCAAUCGAGACACUCAGCUCACAUUAUCGGAAGCGGCUGCAGUCAAAACAGUAAACAAGUAAGGUAACGUAUCGUCAGGUUUUGGUUUCCCGACCAGACGAUCGUAACAAAAUACUGAUGGUGAUGUGGAAAAGUUGGCAGCUAUGGGCUUAAAAUUUGCGGAACAGAUCUUGACAGAAUAUAUUUGGGAAGCCAGGGUUGACAGAUCAGAAUUGUAAAUAUAUUAUACCGUAUUCGACGUAAUAAGCGCCCUGCUCUAAUAAGCGCCCACGGCGAUAUUUGCUAAUAUACUGGCUAGUGAACAAUCCCAAUUAGCACCCCUUCCGAUUGAUCAAUGUAUACAGGACUUACUUAUUUGUGUAUAAUACGCACUCUUGUGUUAUAUGCAUCCUUGUUUAUGGGCAAUUAAAUUCUGGAAAAUAAACCUGUCGUGUAUUAUAUGCACAUACUUUUUUGUAUUAUUUCAGGCUGUCAGCAUAAACCACGAAAUUUACGAUCUUUCAACUCUGCUUUUUUUUCUCACCAAAAUUAAAUUCUAUCAAGAGCGCCCUGGGCGCUUAUUACGUCAAAUACGGUAGGUCAUAAUUAACUGUAUAUACAAGCUCUGAUUAGACUUUGUAGUUGCCUUAUUUUUGCCCAAACAUCGUCAGUCUUUGAGUGCUACUCCUUUUAGACUUUGCUUGCUAAAUGUGAAAUCAGUUGAAUAAUGUCAUUUUAUGCCAGAUUUGAUAGAAAUUACAAAAUAACAUUCCAUAACAUUCAAGCAGGAAAUUAUACAGGUGAUUUUUUGUGUAUGAUAUUGGUUUAUAUUUUGAAACUGUAAAUAAAUUGAUUCCUUGAUUAUUACAACUGAUGUAUUUUGUAUUGUACAAGCAUUUUAUACAAAAUAAAAGUUUUUCAGAUA